AUGCCCUCGUCCCCCAUCACCCGCCUGCAAACAAUCCAAAGAGUCAUCAUGGCAGUCCCCCUCGGCACCGUCGACAUCCCCCCUCCCCCUCCCCCCGCGCUCGGCCCGUCCCAAGCCGGCACCGUGGCCGGCCAGGGCGCGCCCAAGAUCCACCUCUACACUGGGGCCACGCCGAACGGGUACAAGGUCUCGAUCCACCUCGAGGAGCUGCGCGCGGCGUACCCCGAGCUGGCGAAGGGCGCGCUUAGCUACGACGUGUCCGCGAUUGACAUCUCGACGAACGCGCAGAAGCACCCCUCCUUCCUCAAGAUCAACCCCAACGGGCGCAUCCCCGCCAUUGUCGACGACAACGCCGACGGCCACAACGUCUUCGAGACGGCCAGCAUCCUGCUGUGGCUCUCGGAGAACUACGACCCCGAGCACAAGUUUUCGUUCGCCGACGCCAAGCUGCGCUCCAAGGCCCUCAGCUGGAUCUUCUUUGCCCAUGGCGGUGUUGGACCCAUGCAGGGCCAGGCGCAUGUCUUCUUCCGCUACGCCCCCAUCAAGAUCCCCUUCGGCAUCAAGCGCUACAUCCAGGAAGUGGAGCGUCUCUACAGCGUGCUCGAGGACGGCCUCAACGCCGGCGCGGGCGAGUGGCUCGUGGGCGACAAGUUCUCGAUCGCCGACAUCAACGUGUACCCGUGGGUGCGGAGCCACUUCUGGGCCGGCGUCGACAUCCGCAAGUUCCCCAAGCUCGACGCGUGGGUGUCGCGCAUUGCCGCGCGCCCCGCGGUGCAGAAGGGCCUCGAGGUGCCCAAGAGCAGCCGCGGCGCCGUGACCCAGGAGGAGAAGGAGCAGGCGUACGCCUCGGCGGCCGAGUGGAUCGCCAAGGCCGACGCUGAGCUUGCUGCGCUUAAGAAGUAGGACAGUUGACAGAGUAUAGCAGAGAAUGCAGGGUGGUUGGCAGGUCUCA